GCCCAGUUGAUGAGUUGUUCAAAACUUUAUGUCUCAAGUAAUUGCUGAUAGAUAAAGAACCAAACUUUAAAGGGAUAUCAAUAAUAUCCAUCUUUGGAUGAACAUGAUUUUCUGCAAAAAGUUGAGACGUUGUUUUUAGAUUGGUUGUGGAGAGUGAAUUCAAAGCAAACUACACAAUGAAAAUAAUGGAUUUUUGUGAGAGGGGAUAGUGAUGCUUUGGUGGCAUUGGAGAUGGACAGGAGGAGUUGGUUAUGGAGAAGGAAGUCUUCAGAGAGGAGUCCUGGGGAGACAGAGAGUUCAGGAUCCAUCUCUUCUCAUUCUGAAAGAUUCUCUGAUGAUCAGGUAUAUACAACUCAUAAUCCUCAAUCACCAGAAGUUACAUCUGAAGCUGUACUUACUGAUGAAGACAUUAGAGACAAUGUGAGGACCUUAACAGAUAAACUAUCUGCUGCUCUCCUGAACCUUAGUGCCAAAGAAGAGUUGGUAAAGCAGCAUGCCAAAGUUGCAGAAGAAGCAGUUUCAGGGUGGGAGAAAGCUGAAAAAGAACUGUCAGCUUUAAAGAAACAAAUCGAGGCUGCUACUAAGAAGAACUCUGGACUUGAAGAUAGAGUUUCCCAUCUGGAUGCAGCACUUAAGGAAUGUGUGAGGCAGCUAAGACAAUCAAGAGAAGAGCAAGAGAGAAGGAUCAAUGAAGCUGUUACCAAGAAAAUUUGCGAAUGGGAAUCAACAAAGUCUGAGCUUGAGGCUCAGCUCAUUGAGCUCCAGGCUCGUCUUCAAACUGCAAAAAGUGAUGCCACUGUGUCAGCUGAUUCUGAGUUAUGGCAAAAGCUUAAUGCUGUAGAGAAAGAGAAUUUGUCCCUUAAGCAUGAGCUCUUUUCUCGAGCUGAGGAGAUACAGGUUAGAAUUUUGGAGAGGGACUUGAGCACCCAGGCUGCUGAAACAGCAAGCAAACUACAACUGGAAAGUUUAAAGAAGCUUGCUAAACUUGAAGCCGAGUGUCGCAAGUUGAAAGCCAUGGCUCGUAAAGCAUCAGCUGCUAAUGAUCAUAAAUCUUUAACAGCCUCUUCAAUUUGUGCCGAGUCUUUCACAGACAGCCAAUCUGAUAAUGGGGAGAGGCUACUGGCAGUUGAAAGCGAUUCAUGCAAGAGGAGCGGCUUGGAAAUGAAUGAAUGUGAACAAAUUUGCUCUGACUCAUGGGCAUGUGCUCAUGCUAUCGAACUUGAUCAAUCCAAGAAUCAGAAGCCUAUUGGAAGAAACGUAAUGGUCCCUUCUUUAGAAAUUAAUCUCAUGGAUGAUUUUCUGGAAAUGGAAAGACUUGCAGCUUUGCCAGAUACAGAAAGUGGAAUUUCUUACCUUGAGGCAGGACCUGUAUCAGAUAAAGGAAAUGGUAGUGGAAACCCAUUGAAAGAAGAACUUGAAUGCAUGAUUAACAGGACUACUGAACUGGAGGAGAAGUUGGAUAAGAUGGAAGAAGAAAAAUUUAAAUCAGAAAUGGCCUUGACUGAAUGCCAGAGGCAGCUUGAGACAUUAAGGAGUCAGCUGAAGGAAGCAGAUGCAAAGAUUGGGGAGCUGCAAGGUCUGUUGACUCUUGCAAAUGAAUCAAGACAAGCUAGAGAGGAAGAGAUAAAGCGAUCUGAUUCAAGGAGAAAAGAGACAGAAUCACAACUCAGAAUUGCUGAAGCUGAGAUCAAAACCUUGCUUUCUAAAAUUGUUUCGUUAGAUGCCGAGGUUGAGAAGGAGCGUGCUUUGUCAGCUGAAAAUGCUGCAAAGAGCCAGGAGUUGGAGGAUGAGCUCUCAAAAAUGAAAUGUGAAGUUGAGCUCCAACAUGAGAUAGAGCGCAAGCGUAUUGCCAGCUUUAACGAAGAGUUGAAGAUAACACAGGAGAAAGAACUAGCUGUUGCUGCAAGUAAACUCGCCGAGUGCCAGAAAACCAUAUCUUCUCUUGGUCUUCAAUUGAAAUCUCUUGCAACUUUGGAAGACCUUUUUGAUUCUGAUAAAUCAUCAGAUGUCAGUAGUGAAGAAUCAAAGGAUCAUGAGAAUGGUGAACGGUGGAGAUUAGAUCUUGGAAAUCAAUCUUCAGGUAGAGAAUCCGAGGCUAUCGAAGUCACUGGAGGUGCUUUAAGAUUAAAGAAUGGCGGUGAUAGGGAGUUGUCAUUAUCAUUGAACUCCAGCUUUGUUUCUGAAAAAACCCGAAGUGGGUUUGGAAAGUUUUACCCCAGAGGUCAGAGUAGGGCUCGAAAUGAAAACUAGUAUAUGUUAAAAAUGACAUUUAAGGAAUCCACUAGGUAAUAAGUUUUCCAUUGUAAAGCAUUCAUUCUUGUCAUAAAAAAAAUGCAGAUUCCUUCUUUUGAAUCUGCAGUUGUAUUUAUAUACGUAUCACCUCUUGCACAAACAGAUCAUCCAUGGAAAAAUAUAUAUUUACAUAAGAAAUAAUGUUCUUCCCGUUA